AUGUGUUUUGCUAUGUUUACCGAUACAUUCAUCUAUGGCAUGAUUGUCCCUAUCCUACCGUAUCUCUUGCUUCAGGGAGGGGAAAUGUCCGACGAUGAUGUCCAGAAGUGGACCUCGAUUCUUCUCGCUACUUAUGGCGCUGCUAUUCUCAUCGGGUCUCCCCUUAUAGGGAUGGUCAGUGAUCGAAUACAAUCUCGUCGAUCUCCAUUGCUCAUCGGCUUCGUUACAAUCGCGCUUUCGACCUCCUUCUUUCUAUUCGCUCGAUCACCCGUUGUGUUGGUUCUCGCGCGCUUUUUCCAGGGACUCUCUGGUGCGAUCAUUGGCGUUUUAGGGCUGGCGAUGAUCGCAGAUACUGCUCCACCGGAUAAAGUGGGAGGAUAUAUGGCAGUUGGAUCUCUUUCAUUUGCAUGGGGGAUGCUAUCUGGACCUGCCAUUGGGGGUGCUCUAUUCGAUAAGCUGGGUAUCUUUGGGGCUUUUGGCGUGCCUAUUAUGAUGCUUGUGAUUGAUAUAAUCCUACGGAUACUCAUAAUCGAGAAGAAAGAUGGAAAAGAACAACCUCAGUCUCAGCCAGACGAAGAAGCCCCCCUACUCCGACACGAAUCCAGUCAAGAAUCACUAUCUCUCAAGAAUUUUUUCCAUCCCCGUCUGAUGACCGCAGUGAUUAUGGAAGUAAUUGUGUCUUCGAUUCUCACAGGCUUCGAGACGACCCUACCACUCUUCACUAGAGAAACAUACGGCUGGUCCUCCACCGGCGCAGGCCUAGUAUUCCUCCCCUUAACUAUCCCCAGCUUCCUCAGCAUCCCUCUUAGCAAACACGCCCGUCGCUACGGAUGUCGCAAAGUCGUCGCCAUCGAACUUAUUCUCUCCUUCUUCCCCAUCGUUGCCCUCCGCUUCACAGAACCAGACAGCCCCCACAACCAAAUCCUCUUCAUGGCUUUGCUCACUUUAAUCGGUUUCUUCAUGACCACCGCCCAGGCCUUCGUCAUGACCGAGGUCUCGGAUGCGAUCCGCGAAAUCGAAGUCCUACUUGGCGUUCAAUCAGGCAAGAGCAGCGGCAUGGGGACGGGGUAUGCGUUCUGUAAUAUGGCAAUGGCGACGGGGCAGUUUAUCGGUCCUGUUUUGGCGGGAUCGACGAAGUUGGGGUUGGGCUGGGGGAUGAUGGCGUUUAUCUUGGGGGGUAUAAACUGUGCUGUUGGGCUUUUAUCACUGGUUCUUGUAUAA